AUGGAUUUAUUGCCACCGUUAAAGAUUGAUGAUGAGGAAGAAGAAAAGCGCUCAAGGAGUGUUCGUAAUGAGUCUUUAUCAUCCUUGACACUUGUCGAUGGUUACAACGAUGAUCCAUUUUUGAAUGUUGACUUUUGCAGUUUCAAAUUACAUCGUUUAUUAGGCAGAGGGAGUUAUAGCGAUGUAUGGAAAGCACAAUGCAAGGAAGUAACAGUAGCGUUAAAGAUUAUCAAUUCAACUGAUGAAGUUCUCCGAGGAAUCUUUUAUCACGAGGUGGAAGUGAUGCGCAACUUAGUCCAUCCAAACAUCAUUGAAAUAAUGGGUGCAUGCGUUUAUCCAGUAUAUGCUAUAGCAAUGGAAUAUAUGGCAUGUGGUUCUCUCGAUCAAUUGUUACACAAGUCAGAAAAUAUAAGCUAUAAGGCAGAUCAUGCAUUCGAUUGGGCGUCGCAAUGUAUUGAUGCAUUAACUUACAUACACCGGAAAGGAUUUGCACAUGGUGAUUUGAAAACUGCCAAUUUGCUGCUUGAUGACAACUGCCAUUGUCUCAAAGUUGCUGAUUUCGGUACGAUGGUGUAUAUGAACACUGAUACAGAGUAUAGGCAAGGAUCAGCAGCAUGGAUGGCCCCUGAGAUCAUCGCUGGUUCAUCACCUUCAAAGCAGUCAGAUAUUUAUAGUUUUGGAAUUGUACUCUGGGAAAUAAUUACACGCAUGCGACCAUAUAGUAAUUGUAAAAGUGCCGAGGAAAUAUUGUGGAGUGUCUAUGCAGGUCUGAGGCCGCCGCAUAUUCAGGAUAUUCCAACUAAACUUAUGCAAAUGAUUGAACGUUGUUGGCAGAAAUUACCAGAGGAAAGGCCUUCCAUAAAAGAAAUCCGAAAAGUACUUGCCAUACUUCGUAAGAUGUAUCCAAAUUCCAAUGAACCAUUGAUAUAUUCUGAAACUUAUUCGAAGCUAACGAAAGAACUCACUGACAAUAAGAAUGGCGUUGGCAGUAUGGAAUGUAGUACGACCAAAAAGGAAAUAAUUACAGGAAUCGAUCAUGAAUCAUCACCCAAUUUAGCAGAAGAGAUUGAAACGCUGAAGAAAAAGUAUGAGCAGCCAUAUAGUGAAUUAGAUAAAUGCAUGGGUAAUUAG